UCCCCUUCUGCUCUACCAGCCCCCCUCUCGGCCCUACCUACCCAUUUAACACCAAUCAAUAGAUACGCAGACAGCAUGUCCGGCGCCCCCGAAUACGACUAUCUCUUCAAGCUCCUCCUCAUCGGUGACUCUGGUGUCGGAAAGUCUUGUCUCCUUCUCCGUUUCGCCGACGACACCUACACCGAGUCUUACAUUUCUACCAUCGGCGUUGACUUCAAGAUUAGAACCAUUGAGCUUGAAGGAAAGACCGUCAAGCUUCAAAUCUGGGAUACUGCUGGACAAGAGCGUUUCAGGACCAUCACCUCUUCUUACUACCGAGGAGCCCACGGUAUUAUAGUAGUCUACGAUGUCACCGACCGGGACACCUACACCAACGUCAAGCAAUGGCUCCAAGAAAUCGACCGAUACGCUGUUGAGGGCGUCAACAAGCUCCUCGUCGGUAACAAGUCUGAUCUUGCCACGAAGAAGGUUGUCGAAUACGCCGAGGCCAAGGCUUUCGCCGACGAGCUCGGCAUCCCCUUCCUCGAGACUUCUGCCAAGAAUGCUACCAACGUCGAGCAAGCUUUCCUGACUAUGUCCAAGCAGAUCAAGGACCGAAUGGGAUCAUCUACCAUGGGUGCCGGCCCCAACACCAAGUCUACCAUCAAGGGUCUUGGCCAAGGCGUAGAGCAGAAGACUGCCGGCGGUUGCUGCUAAGUGUUAAGCGGAUGUCGAAGCAGCCUGUAGAGAUGGCAGGCUUGUCGAAGAGGAGCGAAGUGGAGCGGGGUGGGGGUGGACCGGCCUGGCAAGAGGAUGGGAAGGGAUGCUGUGAGCACGUCGGUCACGAGGGCCUUUGCUUAGCUUUUGCGUUUUCUCUUGUAGAAGUUUACGUUUGCUUUCUUUCUUUUCUCUCUAUCCACAUGACACAUUUGCAAUGAUCUUACAUGUAGCCGUUGCGCGCACUA